AAAAAAAAAUCAGAGACAAGUGCUGAUCACAUGGUACAUCAGCUGUUGAACCCUCUCCAUGUGCUGCUGGACAUGUGUGCGCACACCCCUGCCUCUCUUCAGGGCAUUUAAACCACAGCUGCCACCGGAGCCCCUGGUGCAAGGAGCGGGCCUUCUCCCUUUCGCUUUUCUGCCCUGGAGACCCGGGAGGCCUGCACCUACCUCUCCCCCCCAGCCCAUGGGGACUCUGGUGGCCAAACUGCUCCUGCCCACGCUCAGCAGCCUGGUCUUCCUCCCCACGGUCAGCAUUGCUGCCAAGAGGCAGUUCCACAUGGAGGCCAUGGUCUACCUCUUCACCAUGUUCUUUGUGGCGCUCUACCACGCCUGCAACGGGCCCGGCCUGUCGGUUCUCUGUUUCCUGCGCCACGACAUCCUGGAGUACUUCAGCGUCUACGGGACGGCCCUGAGCAUGUGGGUGUCACUGAUGGCACUGGCUGACUUCGAUGAGCCCAAGCGGUCGACUUUAGUCAUGUUUGGCGUCCUGACCAUCGCCGUGCGGACCUACCAUGACCGCUGGGGCUAUGGGGUGUACUCGGGGCCCAUCGGCACAGCCGUCCUCAUCAUCACGGCCAAGUGGCUGCAGCAGAUGAAGGAGACGAGGCGCCUGUAUCCCGACAAGAGCGUGUACACCCAGCAGAUAGGCCCCGGCCUCUGCUUUGGGGCCCUGGCUCUCAUGCUGCGCUUCUUCUUUGAGGACUGGGAUUACACCUACGUCCACAGCUUCUACCACUGUGCCCUGGCCAUGGCCUUCGUCCUGCUGCUGCCCAAGGUCAACAAGAAGGCUGGAAGCGCGGGGCCCCCCACCAAGCUGCACUGCUCCACCCUCUGCUGUGCUUGUAUCUAACUGUGCCUCCCCGGCUCCAGGCCCCUGCCCCGCCCCGUCCCAGGCCUGGCGAGAGUCCUCCGUCCUUCCCGACCUGGAGAAGCGCCCCUCCUCGAUCCUGAGGAGUCUCCAGGGCUGUGGGAAGCGCCCCACUGAGCGCUUCUUGAGAAUCCACUUCUGAGGUUUCUACUGGGUACUAAGAACCAUGCUGGAAAGGAAAGAACUUUCUCCCUCCUCCUAGGCCGAGGUCCCGACGAGUGCGUAUGUCUGCAGAACCCUGGAGCCCGCGUCUGUCCCCCCCCCGCCUCUUCGUCCCAACCCCAAGGGGGUCUGCCGCCACCCCAGUCCCGUGUGCUCCCCUUGGAAACAGGGAUUCCCACCCCUGACCUGUGCCCUCAGGCUCUGCGCGCCAGGGCCAGCGGGGCCACUCUGUCCCCGGCUCAGGCCUGCCUGCCCCUUGGCGCCCCUCCAGCCGGGUCCCUGAAUCAAGCC